CAGCCGACGCGACGCACAACACACGCUCCUCCACGCGCGAGACCGUGCGUGCCCUCCUCGGCUACACUGGGGUCAGUCGGGGUCCUGCUCUUAGUCAGGACACUCCGAGAGAGCUCCUUCGCAUGAGCUGAUCGUCCAGACAGCCUACCUGUCGUCGGACCACUUGGUAAUCGACUACUAUCACCCGUUGGUUACCUUCGUCAUAUGUGGUGCAGGCUUUUUAUCACGAGAUCAAGAGAGAGAAGAGGAAAUCAUCAAAUCGCCCGCGAGACUUCAAGAUCUCGCAGGGGAGGUCGAAACCUUCUUUAAGUUGGCGAAUUUUCUCAGUUCGAGUUGGAGAUUCCGAGAGAUACGAAGAGAGAUCGUAGCGCUCACACACGUUCUCCGCGCUCGACCUUGGUGCAGCACGUGGCUCCGAAAGAGACUCGGUCGUAGUCCGGUGGCGAACGGGACCAGUCUCAAGGUCGCCCGAGGGAAUACUCAAUUCCGCGUUUCUUGGACGCGCUCGCCGCCGAGGUCGUGUUUCACGCGCGAGAUCGUAACCUGUGCGAGAAAAGGACGUGUGCCACGUUUGGAAGUUUGACGUUUGCCGCGGACGAUCUGUGUAACUCGCGACGAACUAAUCUAGGCAGUGUUGGAUCCAGAUCGGGAAUAGUGCGCGCGGUUCCAUGAGCGGCGUGGAAUUUUAGCGCAUCGUUCGUCACAACAUCUGGACGUAAUGUGCGAAGCGGUACCUCGAACUUGGCACAUGAAACCGGAACUCCAUUGCAAUCCCGUAGGAAUCCCGGCGGGUGCCUUGUCACCCCCGGUCACCCUCUCGCCGCCCAGCAGUCCGAGCGUGAUCGCGCUGCCGCCGUCGCCCUGGAGCCCGGGUGUGCCCGGGGGCAGCUCGAGCACCAUCGCCUCGACCAAUGCACCCUCGGGCCUCUGUCAACCUGUCCCUGACCGUUUCAGCGCCUUCACCCUCGUCUCAAAUUACAACCCCGAUCUGAGACUGCAAAGUCUACCUCUCAGCGCCAGCGUCGCCGCGCGAGAAAUGCGCUGUGGUCUGAUGUACGGUGGCUAUGGGUCAUCCGGCAGUGCCUGGUGGGCCCGUCACGUGGGCCUGCUGCUGCCACAUUCCUUGCUACCACCUACAAGAAUCCCGUCCCAACAGACGACACCGGUCACGAACUGCUCGCCCAUUCAUCCGGAACCCCUCAGCCCAGCACGUCCCGGAUCACCCCGAAGAUGCACGCCCGAGAAAGCCAAAUUCGACGAGGAGGUGCCGUUGAACCUCAGCACGAAGCCGAGCGACAUCUCGUCGAGUAUCAGCAGGAAAAGUGAAAUCUGGUCGCCGGGCUCGGUGUGCGAGAGGGAGGCCAGGGAAACGAGAGCACCGUCCUCCACCGGGAGCCCGUCCUCGACCCCUAUAAUUACGCGGCAAAUUCAUCACUCGCCUCUCACACCGCCCUCUUCGACCGAAAGGACUUUUCAAUGUAAGCAGUGCGGCAAAGCCUUCAAACGGUCGAGCACACUCAGCACCCAUCUCCUGAUCCACUCCGACACGAGGCCUUACCCUUGUCAAUAUUGCGGCAAGAGGUUUCACCAGAAGUCGGACAUGAAGAAGCAUACCUACAUCCACACCGGCGAGAAACCGCACAAGUGCGUCGUGUGCGGCAAGGCGUUCUCCCAGAGCAGCAACCUGAUCACGCACAUGCGUAAGCACACCGGCUACAAGCCCUUCCAGUGCGGCCUCUGCGACAAGGCCUUCCAGAGGAAGGUCGACCUGCGGAGGCACCGGGAAGGUCAGCACCCGGCGGCGCCGGCGCUCGAUUAUCGCGCUCUACAGGUAUCGUCGCAGCCUAACGGCAACCGGCACUCGCCACCAUCGUCGACACCUUCGGGUUACCACAUGAUACCCGUGCCCGGCAGUAGCUGAGAUUCGUUCACCUGACAGACGCUUUGUCCGUGAACGCAGGAGGCCUCCGGCAACCUGCGCGGUACGUAUCGUUAGACCGCACACGCGCGAUAUCGCCGGGACCCAUCAGGAUCAAGUCGUGUGCUCGUGGGGUCGCCGAAAGCGAGAAACGAUAUGUACUUGAGUCCCCGAACUCGAACGUCGUGCAGAGCAAUGCGUUUCGAGUAUGUGCGUCAGCGGACACCCGUGGCGUGGCACGCGUGGGUGAGAGCCGACUUUGGAUAUUAAUCGAUUAAUAUUUCUUUUCUAACUCAAAUAAUCCGCCAAUCAAUCAGCAGAAUUAAUUUAAUUCGACUCAUUAUUAAUCAAAUUUUGAUGUAAGUGAUUCCAGUUAUUAGAAUUAAUAAUUAAUUUCAUCAACCGAUUAAAUUAUUCGUGAUUGAUGAUUACGGUUUAAUUAAUUGGAUGAAUUAAUAAUCAAACUUUGAUGUGAGUGAUUAUAUAUUAAUUAAUAAAUUAAUUAAUUUUAUCAAUCAAUUAAUUCAUCAAUUCACUCAUUAAUUGUUAAUUUAUAAAUUAAUUAAUCAGUGUAUAGUCCAUCACAUUAAAGUAAUUUAAUUAACUGAUGGAAUAAAUUAUCACUCACAUAAAAAUUUGAAUAAUAUUUAAUUUCAUCAAUCUAUACGAAAUUAUUUGUGAUUGUAUAUGAUAAUUGAUUAAUUUGGAUUAUAAGUUUGCUGAUUAUUUUAAUCAAAGAAAGAAUUUUUGUCGAUUAAUACCAGCACUGGCAAGAGCCUAAUACACGCGGAGUUUAACGAAGUGAAGGCACUUGUAGGAUUAACUUUGUGUCGAAGACGAAGUCAACAAUUACUUUCUCUUUCUCUCUAUCGCGUCUGUUCGUUCUGUAUAAUUUAUUCUUGCGAGUGUUCCAUCCGCGACUUUACUUCGCGACGCGCCGAAAAUAAAUGCGUUGAUACUUGCGCGAAUUCACUUGGUCGCAAGCGAGACUCGAUCUCUCGAAUAUUCAACGUGAAGUAUUGGGAUUUUUUUGAAGGAAACCUGAGUCCCAAAUCAUCUUGUGGAAUUCUCCGGCGUUUAUUUUGUGCUUAUUAUUAUUUAAAAUUUUUCUAAUUCAUCUCUCACAAUUUAUUAUAUUAUUAUAUUAUUAUUUCAUGCACAAUUUAUUAUAUUAUUAUUUAAUUCGUCUCUGACGUUUAUCUUGUGCUUAUAAAAAACAAUUCCCUCGUCUUCGACUUUUGCGACCAAGUGUGCGCCGAUUAUCAGCCGAUUGUCGCGUCUCGAGCGACGCUGCCACGUUGUAGUUACGACACUGUGAUAGUAUUCCGUGAUGCAUAUACGACACGUGAUAAUCGAAGAUGGACCAUUGGACGUUACUUCGAGGUGACGCGAAGUGACAUGUGCGCCUUCACGACGAACACCUUGAAACACGCGCGCGUCAUGUGUAGCUCGACGAACGACCGGCGCUCCGGUGACAUAUGAUGCGCGUGUAUCGAUGGGGAUCAUCUCGAAAUGUAGCACUUCGCGUUUGUGCACACCAGUGACGUGGCGCAAUGUACUACGCGCGAAACACACUAAUGCCGGCUGCUUCUCCUUCUUGAGUGACACGCCGACGUCGCGCGUGCACUCAUCGGGCUGAAUAUAAAUUCAAUUAGGCGCGACGUUAGUUUCGCAUCGUUUCCCUUUUAUCGUCCUAAUGUCAGCGAGCUAUCAACGAGCGUAGUGAUACGGCGUCAACGUAUGUUUAACAUUCGUCUGGAAGUGUCAGUCGGAGAUCAACGAGUUGCCCCGGAAGGCAACGACAAAAGUCGUUGAGACAAUUUAUAUGCGUUCGAACGGAAUAAGAGAGAACUGCGCGGCAACGAAAACGACACGGAUUGGCCCUUGAGACCGCUCGUCUCGAAAGCAUGAGAUAUAAAUACGAUAACAGUCUGCACGCGUGAUUGCGCAAUAAACAUUCGGAAGAGUGGCGUAAUUCGAGCAUCCUCUGCCACGUCGAAGGUCACCGCCUACCAGUGCAAGCCAAUCUCGCUUACAUUCUCAGCUGUAGAAAGCAGAAUUGUGUAAAUAUUUUUCGUUGAAAUCUCCACCAGUGCCUCCUCCAGUUUCAAACUACAGUCGCGAGGCACGCAAGCAAUCGGCGAAUUAUUUAUACAAAUCAACAGAACAAUCACGCGUUUAACUCUUUUGCUACCAAUUUUUUUCUAAAAAUACAAUUUUUUUCUUACUGCCACUUCAUUAAAUACAUUAAUAUAAUUAAAAGAAAAAUUGAAAAUUUUAUGUUUGACACCAAAGGGUGUCAAUGCAAACCAAACUGAUUGGAAUCAAUCCGAUGAGCAUUAUAGGAUAGUAAAUUUCCAGUCGUGCGUUAUUGAAAAUCAAAGAAGUUCACACGUGUUUUUUAGAUAUCUUCGAGAUAUCCUCGCGAGCUUCACUCGAUCGGACUUCGAUUUUAACGCGUUACUACCAGAACAUUAAUAAUUAAGCUUAAGGAAAAAAAAAGAUUACAAAUUUUAUCACAGAAAACACCCUAUCUGCCCUUGUGAAAUUUACAACGCGAUGGAAGAACACACUGUACAUAUAUACGCGCACGCAUAUACAUAUGUAUUAUAUUUUCUCGACGUAAGACUAUGUGCGUAUGAGGCGCAUGUGCAGGAUAACACAUGUAUUCAUACACAUUACUGCUUCGUAAUUUUAUUAUUUAUACUGCGUUCCCCAUGGAAAUGAUCGAUUGCACGAAUUGUCUGUCGGGAAUGAUGGUGACGCAUUAAAAAUUGAGCGACCCCGCACAGAUCGUCGUAUUUUGUAAUAGCGCGCGCGAUUUACACAUCCGAUGUGGACAAUCGUCUACCGUAGAGAAGAUCUUUGUAACUCCCACGCGUGACACCCAGCGGAAGAUGUUGAAAUAAGUCGCUAUGUGAACGAAAAAGAAUAUAUACGAACAUCUCGUAUCUCACACACGGACGCUUGGAUGCAUGAAGUCGUGGUAACGGCAAGUGAGUCGAGGCGGAAAGUAUGAAAGUCGAGAAUCGAGGGGAUCUCUGAGCGCUUUCGUGCGCUCUCGCGGAUGGCGUCGAUUCGCCGCGACUUGACUGACCUGUCAUUAUUGUGAACAAUGUGCCUGAAUGUGCCUUUCUUUCGGUGUCAUCGUGUAACCGAAUCGUAUUUAUUGAAUAUCACUUGUGACUACUGUAUCGAUGCGUCCACGUCUUAUCUAAAUACGUGAGUAGCAUUUGUGUGUUUGAUGUACACGUAAGUUUCGUAUGGUGCACCUAGGUGCAGAUAUCACAGUUACUUUCUCGAUAAACUUCCUCAGUUCGUACACGUGUUUUGCGGAUCGCGUCAAAUCCACAGGCAGUGUGCGCGCGCGUUUUACCAUCGCGAAAAUAAUUGCCACGCGGCAGUCGGGCGCGUUGACACGGAACACGCAUAAUUACGUUGCAGUAGCGUAAUGAACGCGCGAUUGAUCCGACGUCGUGAUUGCCCGACGAAAGCUCGCUGUGCUUUCCUUUCCGUUUCGCGAUCGAUAUCUGAGCCUAAGUGCGAUAAUUAACAUGUACACACGAUGCAUUUGUAUUCAGAGAGCUCUGAGCUGAUUGUGAAUAUAUAGUACUAUUUGUGUAUCUCACGUGUCAUAGUCUGUCGAAGCCAAAGCCACCCGUGUUUACGAAAAUCGAUCGAAUAAACCAUUCGAACAAUUAAUGACAAUUGAGUAUCGUCAAAUCAACGACGCCACGCCAUACGACCGACAUACACACGCCGUACUUCUCCCACACAAAAACAAAAAAAAAAAAAACAGAAAAAAUAGAGAAGAAGGAAA